AUGCUGAGCAACGGAACGGCGCGUCCUUCUGAGAGCUCCUGGGCAUCUCCUUUACAUAUGGCUCCCAAAAAAGGCAAUGGGUGGCGCCCCUGCGGAGACUACAGGCUACUCAACGCACGCACCAUACCAGAUAAGUACCCAAUCAGACACAUUCAUGAUUUUUCGCACAACAUAUCAGGAUGCACCGUAUUCUCGACUAUCGACCUUGUCAAAGCGUAUAACCAGAUCCCCGUCUUUGAGGAUGACAUCCAGAAAACGGCAAUCACCACACCGUUUGGGUUGUACGAAUUCCCAUGCAUGACUUUCGGACUCCAGAACUCCGCACAAACGUUCCAAAGGUUCGUAGAUGAAAUUACUAGAGGACUGGAUUUCUGUUACUGUUACUUAGAUGACUUCUUAGUAUUUUCUGGAAGUGCUACUGAGCACGAACAUCACCUCAAUAUUCUCUUUGGCCGAAUGAAGCAGUACGGAGUACUGGUGAACACCUCUAAGUGUGUAUUUGGUUCAUCACAGGUACAGUUUCUGGGGUACCACAUUUCAGCUGCAGAAGCCGCAAAAAUUCAAGCACCCUUAAACGCCUUAUUAACUGGUUCGGUGAAGGCUUCACAAGCUAUAGACCUAACAGGCGACGCUCUAACAGCUUUUGAGCAGUCCAAGGACAGUCUUUGCAAUGCUGCCCUAUUAGCACAUCCCGAUUGCCAAGCCAAAUUAGCUCUGGUAACGGAUGCAUCAGACUUAGCAUUGGGUGCUGUACUGCAACAGUACAAAAAUGAUGCCUGGCAGCCAUUAGCAUUUUUUUCGCGAAAGCUUAGCCCAGCACAACAGAAGUACUCACCCUACGACCGUGAGUUGCUGGCUAUAUAUGAAGGCAUUAAGUAUUUUCGCCACAUGCUCGAGGCACGCCACUUCACAGUCUAUACUGACCAUAGGCCUUUAUGUUAUGCAUUCCAUGUAAGGAAAAAUAACUGUUCGCCGCGUCAGUAUAGACAUCUAGAUUUUGUGUCUCAAUUUACAAGCGACAUUCAGCACAUAUCCGGCAAGGAUAAUAUCGUUGCUGAUACUCUGUCGCGCGUGGACGAAAUACAGCAGCCGGUGGAUUUUAAAGAGCUCGCAAAAACUCAGUCCACAGAUUCCGAGCUAUCACAGCUUCUAGGCGAUGAAUCAUCACUUCGCAUUAUUAAAGUUAAAGAGCCCGACAGCAAAGUCGAAAUUUUUUGCGACAUAAGUCUAGGCAUACCAAGACCUUUCGUUCCCAAAAGUUUUCGAAAAGCUAUUUUUGACAGUCUACAUUCUUUAAGUCACCCUGGUGCAAACGCUACUGCUAAGCUGGUAGCACAGCGAUUCGUUUGGCCAGGAGUCAGAAAAGACUGCCGAGAAUGGUCUCGUACGUGCUUAGCCUGCCAGCGCUCUAAGGUAAGCCGCCAUGUGUCAGCACCUUUAGGCACAUACGAUUUACCACGAACCAGGUUUUCCUAUGUGCAUAUCGAUCUUAUUGGUCCACUCCCAUACUCGAAUGAUUUCCGCUACUGCUUAACAGCAGUUGACCGUUUCACGAGAUGGGCAGAAGUUAUGCCCAUAGCGGAUAUUACAACCGAAACUGUAGCGAAGGCACUCCUAUCAGGUUGGAUCGCCAGAUUUGGUUGUCCAACUGACAUAGUGACGGACCGUGGACGGCAGUUCGAAUCCCAUUUAUUUAAUUAUCUAUCGAAAAUAAUCGGAUUCAAACACCGCAGAACCACAGCUUACCAUCCCGCUUCUAAUGGCCUAGUGGAAAGUUUCCACCGACAGCUGAAGACAGCUAUUACAUGUCACGCGGAUAGCAACUGGACGGAAUCUUUACCUCUAGUACUAUUGGGCAUCAGAAGCGCAUUUAAAGCUGAUCUGCAGUGUUCCUCAGCAGAACUCGUCUACGGCGAGCCUUUAAGACUCCCAGGCGAAUUUUUCGAAAGCACAGUAAGCACCACAACUGACAUUACGGAUUUUACUGCACGAAUUCGUUCAGUUUGUGAGAAACUGCAGCCUCGUCCCGCAUCACGGCAUAAUAAAAAUAAAAUAUUUAUAUAUAAGGAUCUCGCUAAUUCCAGCCACGUAUUCCUUAGGGAAGACCGGCUGAAAAGCACCUUCCAUCCUGCAUAUUCCGGUCCACAUGAAGUGACCGAAAGAGGUGAUAAAGUAUUUAAGAUCAUCGUUAAAGGUAAGCAGAUAGCAGUUUCUAUAGACCGUCUGAAACCGGCCUAUAUGCUGAACACCGAUCCGCCUUGCGCACGUCUCUCCUGA